CCAGGAAUAACAACAUGACUGUUUCGGUGGGUUAUGCACGUUACGAGGGUUACAUGAACGCACCAUGACACAUAGCCGGCUAACUUGGGUAAUCUGAUUUAUCGUCUCGGUUAAGCGCACGUAGCUAACGUUAGCCAGGAUUACCAUAUUUAGUUUUCUAUCUCUAGCGUUUAAUAUCCAUCUGACGUCAAAUAGCCACCCAUUUCAAGAAUGGCAUCGCUUGGGGAGCCCGUGCGGUUGGAAAGAGAUAUAAACCGUGCUGUUGAACUGCUUGAUAAACUCCAGAGGACAGGAGAAGUUCCUCCCCAGAAGCUGCAGGCGCUGCAGAGGGUCUUACAGAGUGAAUUCUGUAACGCUGUCAGAGAAGUUUAUGAACAUGUGUAUGAAACCGUGGACAUCAACAGCAGUCCUGAGGUCAGGGCCAACGCCACAGCAAAGGCUACUGUGGCAGCUUUUGCCGCAAGUGAGGGACACUCCCAUCCACGUGUCGUGGAACUGCCCAAGACAGAAGAAGGCCUGGGUUUCAACAUAAUGGGUGGAAAGGAGCAAAACUCCCCUAUAUACAUCUCGCGGAUCAUCCCAGGUGGCAUUGCUGACCGACAUGGAGGACUGAAGAGAGGCGACCAGCUUCUCUCUGUAAAUGGGGUGAGUGUGGAAGGUGAGCACCACGAGAAAGCUGUGGAACUCCUCAAAGCAGCGCAGGGCACAGUGAAGCUGGUUGUAAGGUACACGCCCAAAGUCCUAGAGGAAAUGGAGUCACGUUUUGAGAAAAUGAGGUCGGCGAAGCGCCGGCAACAGAACAACUACCCCCAGUAGGAUUUUUUUAGUUUUGGUGCUCUGCUCCCAUGUCCUCCUAUAGCCUUCUGGCUAUUUGUUCUGGUCUCUUUCUUAUUUUCCUGUCCCAAAAAAGCUUCACAAACACAAAAAUUUAGUUUUAGUUUCUUCUCACACAUACUGUUCAUUGUGCUUCUACCCGUUUCUGUAGCAUUUUUAAUAUUCACCAUUGUUACACUGGACGCUACAACUCUAGACAAACACUAUAAUGAUCAUGAUUGUCAGUGUAGGUGGUUGCUCACACGUGUGCAUUAUUUUUGAAUUGACAAUUUGACUGCAACUUUGAGUGCUUUUGAGACCAACUACACAAUUCCUUUGUCUGGAAAGGUAGUGUUUUCAAUUUUAUCACAGCAGCCAAGUGCCUCAGGGCAAACAGUUAUCUCAUGUACUGUUUUCACCAUUAUAUUUUCCUUUUUAAUGGUUUAAAAGUCAAGUACUGUUAAUUAAAUGCUUGUUGCAGGAAUUACUGCUUUGCAUCUGUUAUUGUCAAAUUGGAUGUAAAUACAUGGUAGACCUAUGUGAAACCCUUUUUAAUUGUGCAAACUUAAAGGUGCAGUUUUAUUUUAGCUACCACUCCACAGGCUUGUGUGCAGAAGGGAAGCUUUAGAGGAGUUGACAGUUUUAAUUAGUUAAAGGGAUAUUUCACUGCUGAAAAGACAGAGAAAAGCCAGAAAAUGUAUUUUUGGCUCAUGUGGCUGAAAGACGACUCCCAGAAUGCACUUGCUUCGCUUCCCUACUAGUCCACUUCCAAGCCACGCCCACCAAAAACAGACAUAAUAGACAGUCAAGUCAAAUCAAAUGUGUUUUAUUGUUAUUUCAAUCAUAUACUGUACACAAAAUGUUUCACUGUGGCUCAAGUGGUGAUUCACAUUCACAGGCUCCGUAAAGUUCAUCUAACACAUUGGUAACGUUAGGGCUUGGUGUUAACACUGAGUACAGACACCGCCGGUAAUUUGCUUGAAAUGUAGAAUGGUCGUUUAACAGUCACAAACUCCACCAGCGGUGAGCAGUCAGUUGGAUACGAGCACCCCAUUUCUGCACCUGUCCGUGUAAACACAGCCCACCUCCACGAGUCUUACCCGGCAACAGAGCAGCCUGGUAGCUGGAUAGUCCGGUAACUGUUGUUCAGCCAUGCUUUCACAAAAACA